AUGUCCCUCACACCUGCGUUCCGGUACAUCUCCGCGACCGAGCUGGCGGCCAUCCUCAAGUCUGCCCCCGGAGGCGCGUUCCGCUCAUGGGCAGUGAUUGACGUGCGGGAUAGCGAUUUUGCGGUGAGUGACCGCGGAGUGCGUGCAGAUGUUGUGCUACAGUGCGGGGAAAGCAGGGAUAGUCCAUGUCAACAAACGGCCGUGGUUGUCAAUGUCCAACCGGCCUCCAGUCUUGUACAUCCUCCCCUCUCGUUGUUCGGUGAAUCACAGUGUCUGCCUAGUGGUCCUUCAGUACGCAGGCGCCAAGCUGACAUGCAGGGUGGAAACAUUGUCGGCGCGGCCAACUACCCGAGCGACUCGUUCAUCACCAGCCUUGAUGACCUCGUUAAGCGUGCCCAGGACGUGCCCCAGAUCGUAUUCCACUGUGCGCUGUCCCAAGUCCGGGGUCCCAAGGCCGCUCGUCGCUACGCCGAGGCCCGCAGGUUGAUCCUCAAGGACGAGGCUCCCGAGCAGGAUAUCCUCGUCCUCCGUGAGGGUUUUACCGGUUUCCAGCAGCGGUACCGCGACGACUCUGCACUUGUGGAGAAGUUUAACAAGUUCUACCACGACUAA